GGAAUUUAGUACGAUUCUACCCAUCGAGAACAGCGGCCAGUGUUGCCGGUGGAUAAGGAACUAAUUUAAACGCUCUCAAUGGCAAGGUCAGCUUUUGUGUUUUGUUUGGUGCUUGUAGCUGCCAGUGUUGCCAUUCCACUUCCGGCUGACGAAACCACCGGUCUCGGUGCGGCGUUAAGCAGCAUUGCCCACAGUGUGGUCGUUGUAAGUGAAGAUGAAGCCCAGCACAAUGUAAGCUCCACGGUGCAGGCGGACGAACCGGCACCAGUGAAGCUGGAGUCGGCGAAUGUGCUUCCCUCACUGGCGCUCAUUGCGAUCACGCCCGAGGCACACAAUGUGCUGGCAGAAACGGAGAAGCUCGUUUAUGAGAAUGAAACCGAUUCGAAAGGAGUCAUUAAAAUAACGGUCGUAACACCGACUGCCGUCGUCGAAGCGGACGAUUCAGGGGAGCAAUCAACGACGGAGUCUACGGAAGGUACUACGCUUGCCGAUGAAGGUACAACACAGGUAACGGAAAGUGAAACGGAAGUUACCACCGAUAUUGCGACGACAGAAGUAACUUCGCACUCGACCACUGUAUCGCACGAGCUCACAGUGAUCGGUAUCGAUCAGCUGGACAAGCAAAAGGAGGAGGAAAUCAAGAAGACGAUCAAGGAAGUUGAAGCCAUGCCAGUGAUCCUAACUACGGGAGUGUAAGGAACUUUUGAUUCCGUCUGUUGUUUUUUUUAAUGUUCCAUUUCUUUGCAAAACAAUAAACCAAAAUAUCACACCUC